AUGGAGGAUGCGGGGCAUUUGUGCCAGUCCCCUGCUGGUCAAAGGCCCGAAGGGGGAUUAUGUCGUGAUUUCUGUCCGUCCACCCACCCCAAAAAGAGACACCUGUUGAAGCUACUCCGCAACGCUGCUGCACACGCCGAAACAGAUGGUGACAUCACAGCUGAGCAGAAACAGCAUUUUACAACUGCAGUCACGGAGCGUGAAAUCGAGCAGGGCGUGUGGAAGGUUGACGGCGAACAGUCUGCGCUGCUCUUCAUCCUAAACCUCCCCGAAGUGAGGGAGGGGCAACGUUUUGCCAAGUACAUGGAUGUGGCUGUUGAUGGCCUGUUGGAUGGCGAGGCCCGGGAGCUCCUCAGCAGCCUGAAGUCACGCUUGAACGCCACCUCGCAGAACAUCCUCAACCUUCACGCCGUGGAGCUCAGCAAGGGCGUCAUCGACCUGAAACGCAGGGAGCACGUUCAGUACCUGGACAGCGUCUGCGAGCAGUUUGUGGCACAGAUGCAAACCAGAAUCACUGCAGCGCUGGAGUCAGCGGCGCAUGGGGCCCGAAAGAACGGCACUGCCACAGUAGAAGGUGCUGUUUCAGAGCAGGCGACGGAGGAGGUCAAGCGCCACAUUGCUCUGAGCGCCAAGCUCAGCGCAGGAAUCCAGGGGAGACAAGGAAUUCUGGGUAAACUCUGUCUUGCCAUGUGGGAAUCCACUAAAGUCCACCAUCCCCCGCUGGUGGUCCACGGCGCCUCUGGGGCGGGAAAGACGUCUCUGUUGUGCAAACUGGCACGAAUGCAUGGCAUCCUGGAGGCCAGGGCGCUGGUGGUGAUCAGGCUCCUGUCUGCGAGUUAUCCUCGCUGCCCUGAUAUCGACUGCAUCCUUCUCAGCAUCUGCUUCCAGAUCUCCUCAGCUUCUGGUUUGGCUCCGCCUUCUCCACUCAUCACCAACAGCCAUCAGGAGCUUGUCCAGUUUUUCCAGAAUCUUCUGGCGGAUGUCUCCCAGCACAACAUGUUGCUCAUCCUUGACUCGCUGGAUUGUCUGUCUGACAGACACCACGCCCACAAGCUCAGGUGGCUGCCCGUUGCCAUGCCGCCAAACGUCCACAUGGUGGUUUCCAUGGACACCAGCAGUGAGAUGUUGGUGGCCAUGCGGCUGAAGUUGGACGGCGUGGAUUCCUUCUUUGAGGUGGGACGCUUGUCGCGUGAUGAGGGCCAGCAGAUGGUGGACUCAUACCUGCAGGCUGUGCAGCGCACUCUAACCCCUGAGCAGAGUGGCGCCGUGCUGCAGCGCUUCGAGCACAGCGGCUGUCCGCUUCACCUCAAACUCAUGCUGUCCACCGCCAAACGCUGGGCGUCCUUCACCCCUCUGACAGAGCUGUGGCUUGGUGACAGCGCUCAGGAAGUGAUGUCACUGCUCUUAAGAAGGCUGGAGGAGAAGCACGGGAAGGAGGUGGUGGGCGGCUUAGGAUACAUCACUUUGACGAGGGAGGGAUUGCUGGAGGCGGAACUACGUGAUGUCAUGUCACUGGGAGAUGUCAUCAGGGAGAUAUACACGUACGCCUUCCCGCCCACACCCUCCUUGAUACGGCUGCCUCCGCUGCUCUGGUCUCGUCUGCGACGCGACCUGGAGGACCAUCUGGAGGAGCGCUGGGUGGGCGGAGCCGUCGCCAUCGUCUUUCAGAAUCGGCAUUUCUCUAAGGCAGUAGCGACUCGGUAUCUGACAUCAGAGCGGCGUGGGCGGUACCGGAGGAACCUGGCUGAGUACUUUCUGGGUCGCUGGUCUGGGAAGCUGAAGCCGGUCGCUCUGCCGGGUCUCUCGCUCCUUGUCUCUGACAGAAGGUUCACGCCAGAGCUUAAUAUCUGUUCAAAUGUCCCACCCCAGCCACUGUGGUUUGCUCCAGGAUUGGCUAAUGUGAGGAAGCUGCAGGAGCUGCCCUAUCACCUGCUGCACGCUGGCCUGUGGGAGGAGCUACGUCAGGAAGUCAUCGGCAGUGCAGAGUGGCUGUUCUGUAAGAGCCGCGUGCACGGCGUGUCCAGUGUAAUCCAGGACCUGGACCUGUGCUCCCAGUACAUGAACUGCACUGAGACCGGGUUAGUCCGAGAUGCUCUGGUGCUGCUCAAACGCCUGGACUUCCUGGACGGAGACGUGGAAAUGUUGCUCUUCUGCACAGAGUUGCUGGCCAGGCUCUCCCACUUAGCCACGCCCUUCCCCUCUGUGAUUGGCCGGCUCUGUAGCCACUGUGAGGACUGGUUACUCGCGCACACUGAGCCAAUCCUGAUCCCCAAAUGCAGUUUCCUGCAGCAGCCAGGCGGGGCGCUGCAGCACACACUGAGUGGACUAAACGGAGGUGUUCUCUGUCUGGACAUCAGCACAGAGGCAGAGCUUCUGAUCACAGGGUCAGACGAUGGCGUGGUGGCGGUCUGGAGCCUCGCCGACAUGCAGCUUACACACACUCUGCUGGGACACACCUCUGAGGUUCUGUCCAUCAAGCUGAUUGACAGCUCUGCUCACUGCCUCUCAUUGGCUGCUGAAGGGUCUCUCAGGGGGUGGAGCCUGCUCCAUGGAAAGCAGCUGUUCUGCAUUCAGGAGGCGGUGCCUGUUGAUGGUAUCACUUCCUCCGUUCACCUGCACCUGACCGAGGAGAGGUGCGUCUACGCCUACUCCACCACUCAGGUGGUGGUCUGGAGUCUGGACAGAACCGAGCUGCUCCUCAGACACAGCAGCGGUGCUGGGUCUGUGGUUCUGGGAGUUCUGGAUGACCGGGUGGUUUCGGUGUCCGGUUCCGGUCUGCUCCGGUUCUGGCAUCCUUUGAACAAUGUGCCUGCGGUUGAGACUCAGCUGGGAAAGACACCAAAACGGUUUGGCUUUGUGGCGUCUGUUAUUUUACCAAAACAGAAGAUGGUGUUUGUGGUUUCCAAAGACGGCGUCCUCCAUCAGAUUUCCAGCACAGGAAAACAAACGGCUGCGGAGUUCCCACUGCUUCCUUCUUUACUGUCAGUUUCUGCAGAUGAAAAAAUCAUGUUGGCAGGCAGCGAGAGAACUCUGAGUCUCUUUCAUACGGACAGAAACUCUGUGGACAGAUUCCUUGUCCUCCAUCACCAUGAUGACGUUUUGUCUGCCUGCGUCUCCUCGGACGCCCGGCUCCUCGCCUCCGGAGCCGCCGACCACCUUGUACGAAUCUGGUCGGUGACCACGGGAGCGCUGUUGCACACUCUGUGUGGUUCCGAUGCUCCUGUCUCCUCUGUGGUGCUGUAUGGAGGUUUCGUGGUCUCGGCCUCGACAGCCGCCGCCGGCAUCCAUGUGUGGAGCCUGAAGUACGACACCUGCCACAAACCCACAGGCCACAUCCCUGCAGGCUCCACCCAUGUUGCCAUCUCCAAGGACUGCGACCAGGUGUUCUACGUCCAGCAGCAGAACCAGACAGAGGUCAUCUGCUGGGACAGUGAAUCAGGCUCACCAUCGGACCUCUUCCCUCUGUCUGCUGAGGUGUGCUGCCUGGACGUGGCUCAGAGCAAACGGCUGCUGCUGUGCGGCCUGACGACCGGCACCGUCCUCAUCUACCCGUUAGCGCUGCCCCAGGAGACGCUCUGCAUCCCACCUCCGGAGGACCUGCCCCGCGUCUGCUGCCUGGCCGUCAGCCCGCUGGAGAAGCACAUGGCGGUGGCCUACGAUGACGCCGUGCGUCUGUUUGAGAUCACCUCCAGGGAUAACUUCCCCACGGUGGAGGGGCCUCUGGAGAGGUUCCCCCUGCCCCUCCUCCAGGGCCCACUGUCCUCCAUGGCGCUGCUGGCUGACCGCCGGGUGCUGUACGGGACGAGCUGCGGCGAGGUGACCCUCUGCGACUUCAGCGACGGCAGCAGCUCUACUCUGGAUCCUCACCGCAGCCGAGUCACCUGUGUGACAGCCAGCAGCCGGGGGACGCACGCCUUGGUGGGGUCCGAGGACGCUGUGCAGAGGCUGUGGGCUCUGAGGCCGGUGGCUCUGGACCACACCAUGGAGUACAAGGGGUUUUUCUUCGAGGGCGUCCUCUCCGCCUGCUUCUCUGACUGCGACCAGUUUGUCUUCACGGGAUGUCAGGACAGCACGGUGAAAGUCUGGGGCGUGGCCACAGGAAGCCUCCUGUACGUCCAGUACGUCUACUCCCCCGUGGUUCGAAUGUUGACUGACGGAAACGGGUUCAUGGGGUUGUCACAGCAGGGAUUCAUCAUCAAAGAGGCAUUCCACUGUCCGGAACAUGUCAGUCCAAACUACAACCCUCUCAAGAACAUCAAGGCUCAGUACCGGGUCACAUCCAGAGAAAAGGCACAGGAUUGUGGACAGAUGAUGGUGACAGACCUCCAGGACCUGGCCCAGUUCAACCCGAGCCAGCUUGGCACGCUGAAAUCCAAGUCCUCCUGCACGUGUCACAUUCUGUAGGACUCUUUUUUUAUAUUUAUUUAUUUGGUCUGUUCUUACUCUUAAUGCAUUUUUUCAAUAUCUUGUUUUUAUAUUGCUGUCAAAUGUCACUGUAUAGAUGUUAUAAAUGUUACAUGGGGUAUUUAGGGGUUAUUUGUUGCACUGGUUGCUCUUUUUAACUACGUAUGUGGAUGCUCCAGACGUAAUUUCGUUGUUCUUUGUGGCAGUGACAAUAAA